AUUGGACAAGUUGGCUCGGUACAUUCUUAAGCACCAAUAGAACGAAAGGGGCGUGGUCAGUUGACACUACGGUAGCGCGUGGGUCGCUUCCCCCUCACAGCGGUAUCCGGAGCACGUCAGUUUAACGGACUGAAAUAUCUACAACCAUGUCUGAGGCAGCAUUUCAGAAAGCGGCAGAGGAGGUCAAGCAGCUGAAAGCGAAACCGACGGAUGCUGAGAUGUUGGAGAUUUAUGCUCUGUACAAACAGGCCACCGUAGGAGAUGUAAACACAGCUCGACCUGGCAUGUUAGACUUCACUGGCAAGGCCAAGUGGGACGCAUGGGAGGCAAAGAAAGGUAUCAGUAAAGAAGCUGCUGUGGAAGCGUACAUUGCUAAGGUGGAGGAGUUGAAAGGGAAGUACGGAAUCUAAUGAUGGGAAGCCGACCGUCACUGACCAGCCUGCCUUACCUUAACAUCUCCAGUUAAAUGCCUUAUGAUCUGCAUUGUGUCCCCCUCAAAGGGUGUUACACUUAAACUGUAAUAAGCACAAUCUGUUCUGUGUCAGAGAAUAAGCACAAUCCCCGCAGGCCAAGAGAACCGUCCUCAGGCAACCAUGUAGUGAAAAGAUCCAAUGAAUGCAAAUUUAUUCAAUGCCAUAAAAUCGUGUUUUUUAAAAAAACAAAAAAGUA